UAAUACAAUACUAAUCGCUUAAUCUGUGCCAGCAUUGACAAUCGAUAUUAAUGUUUAAAAUACUUUCUAUAACCCUCAUAACAGCAAUCAAUGCACAUUCAAGAUGCUCCACCGCCACAAAUGUACCAAAGUAUCAUUUAAUUGAACCAUGCCAUAGAUCUACACUUGGCAUUGCCGCAAGAGCCAAAUACUCUUCUCUAACAAGUUGUAAAAGACUUGGUAUUGAGAAAAAGGCGUUGGCCUUAAAUUUUAGCCCAACUUGGAACCGCUCGGAGCCGGAAUACCCGUGUGAAGUGCUCAAAUGUCCUGAAGCUGAAGGAGGACUCUCACUGAAUAAUGACACAAGAUACGAUUAUUACAGUAUCUAUGCUAAGCCCAUACCUAACGUAAAUGCAACUUGCGUACCAAGUAUAGGCAUGUUCUACCUUCUGUCUCAUAAAUUAAACUAUACAAUUGCUGACGAUAAGUGCAAGAAUAUGAGUAGUACAUUAGCUGAUGUGAACAGUGAACAUAGAACAGAUGCUCUUGCACAGUUUCUCACUGGGACGGGAGUCGCCACUGCGUUUGUUGGCUUAAAAAAGAACCAAGAGACAAGAUUUAUUGAUGUAAAUGGGAAUGGUCUCGAUUGUACUACCUACCGCGCCUGGGCUCCGGGAAAUCCGAGAAGUAAUCGUUAUCAUAAUUGCGUACUUCUCACAAAGCAGCAUACUUGGCGGACAACUUCUUGCGUAAAUAAACAGCAAGCCUUAUGUGAACUGAUUCCUCAUGGCCCUUACAAGAAAGGCUCUAUUUUUGAAGAUAAUCUCUGA